AUGGGUCUUACUUUGGAGGACAUCUAUGGCAAAGAUUUAAGCGAAGAGCAGGCGCCUCAAGAGUAUUCGGAGUACCAGCCCAAAGAGGGCUAUGGCUGGGCCAAUGCUCUGCCCAAGAAGCAGGGUCUCUAUGACCCCGAAUACGAGAAAGAUGCCUGCGGUGUCGGCUUUGCUGCCCACAUCAAGGGUAAGCCGAGUCACAAGAUUGUGAGCGAUGCUCGCAACUUGCUCUGCAACAUGACCCACCGUGGAGCCGUCGGCUCAGAUGCACGAGACGGUGACGGUGCCGGUGUGAUGACCAGUAUCCCUCACAAGUUUUUCAUCAAGAAUUUCGCGCGCGAGGUUGGCGUGGAGCUACCUCCGUUGGGCCAGUAUGCUGUCGGUAACCUGUUCUUCAAGCCCGAUGAGGUGUCAUUGCAACAGUCCAAGGCCACUUUCGAGGAGCUGGCGGCAUCCUUGGGUCUUCGCGUAUUGGGCUGGCGUGAGGUUCCCCGCGACUCGACCAUUCUGGGUCCCGCCGCGCUCUCCCGGGAGCCGAUCAUCCUGCAGCCCUUCGUUGUGCUCAAGUCUGCCUACGGCGAGGGCAACAAGCCCGAGAUCACAGAUGUGAAGCAAUUCGACGACCGGACCUUUGAGCUCCAGCUGUUUGUGCUCCGCAAGCGUGCCACGCACGUUAUCGGCCUCGGCAACUGGUUUUACCUUUGCUCGCUGAGCAACCGCAACAUUGUCUACAAGGGUCAACUCUCCCCCGUUCAGGUCUACACAUACUACCAUGAUCUGGUCAACGUUGACUAUGAGGGUCACUUUGCGCUCGUUCACUCCCGGUUCUCAACCAACACAUUCCCCUCCUGGGAUCGCGCACAACCCUUGCGAUGGGCUGCCCACAACGGUGAAAUCAACACAUUGCGUGGAAACAAAAACUGGAUGCGCGCCCGUGAGGGGGUGCUCCGGUCGGAGGUCUUUGGCGAGGAGCUCGAUCAGCUCUACCCUAUCGUUGAGGAUGGCGGUUCCGACUCGGCCGCUUUCGACAAUGUGCUCGAGCUGCUCAUGAUUAACGGUGUUCUCUCCCUCCCCGAAGCGGUCAUGAUCAUGAUCCCCGAGGCCUGGCAGGAUAACCCUGCGAUGGACCCGUCCAAGGCGGCAUUUUACGAGUGGGCCGCUUGUCAGAUGGAGCCCUGGGAUGGACCAGCGCUCUUCACCUUCUCGGAUGGCCGAUACUGCGGUGCUAACCUGGAUCGCAAUGGUCUUCGCCCUUGUCGUUUCUACGUGAUGGACGAUGACCGCAUUGUUUGCGCCUCUGAAGUUGGCGCCAUUGACAUUGACCCCGAGCGCGUCGUUCAAAAGGGCCGUCUGCAACCCGGAAAGAUGUUGCUCGUCGACACCGUGGCUGGUCGCAUCAUCGACGAUGCAGAGCUGAAGCAGACUGUAGCCAAGCGUCAGAACUUUGCCAGCUGGCUGGACAAGGAACUCCUGAAGCUACCUGCCAUCAACCAGGCUCUGCUUGACAAGCAGGUCGAUCUCUCGUUCAAGCUUGAUGACAACUCCGUUCAGAAUGACCCUCGCCUGCGCGCCUUUGGCUACUCUUUCGAGCAACCUCGUCUGCUCUACGAGUACUUCCGCCAGCUGUUCGCCCAGGUCACCAACCCGCCUAUUGAUCCCAUCCGUGAGGCCGUCGUCAUGUCUCUGGAAUGCUAUGUCGGUCCUCAGGGCAACUUGCUCGAGAUGGACCCUUCGCAGUGCAACCGUCUGCUCCUGAAGUCUCCUAUCUUGAGCAUCCCCGAUUUCAACACCAUCAAGAACAUCAACAAGGUCCACGGUGACUGGACUGUUCGCACCAUCGAUAUCACCUUUGAAAAGAAAAAGGGUACCGCGGGUUACAUCGACGCUCUGGACGCUAUUUGUGAUGCGACCACUGAGGCUAUUGAGAACGGCGACAAGAUCAUUAUUCUGUCCGACCGCGCCACAUCUGCCGAUCGUGUCCCUGUCUCCGCUCUGUUGGCCACCGGUUUGGUCCACCACCACCUGGUCCGUAACAAGUGGCGGUCGCUUGCUGCUUUGGUUGUUGAGACUGCUGAAGCCCGUGAGGUUCACCACCACUGCGUGCUCCUGGGUUAUGGUGCCGACGCUAUCAACCCUUACCUCGCCCUGGAGUGUCUGCUUAAGAUGAACCGCGAGAAGCUGAUCCGCAAGAGUCUGCCCGAUGAGAAGGUCAUUGAGAACUACAAGGCUUCUUGCGACGGUGGUAUUCUCAAGGUCAUGAGUAAGAUGGGUAUUUCGACUCUGCAAUCCUACAAGGGGGCUCAGAUUUUCGAGGCCUUGGGUAUUGAUGACAGUGUCAUUGACCGCUGCUUCGCUGGUACUGCCAGCCGUAUUCGUGGUAUCACCUUUGAUCUGAUUGCCCAGGAUGCCUUCGCCUUCCACGAGCGUGGUUUCCCAUCUCGUGACAUUGUUGAGAUUCCUGGUCUUGCCGAGACUGGUGAGUACCACUGGCGUGAUGGUGGUGAGCCUCACAUCAACGACCCCGUCAGCAUUGCCAACAUCCAGGAUGCUGUGCGCACCAAGAACGACAAGUCAUACGAAGCCUAUGCCAAGGCGGAGCACGAGCAGAUCAAGAACUGCACGCUGCGCGGUCUGCUCGAGUUUGACUUUGAACAGCGUACCCCUAUCCCAAUCGACCAAGUUGAGCCUUGGACCGAGAUCGUGCGCCGCUUCGUCACAGGAGCCAUGUCGUACGGCUCCAUCUCUAUGGAAUCACACUCCACAUUGGCCAUUGCCAUGAACCGCCUGGGCGGCAAAUCCAACACCGGUGAGGGUGGCGAGGACCCCGAGCGAAGCAAGCGCAUGGAAAAUGGUGAUACUAUGCGCUCUGCCAUUAAGCAGAUUGCCUCGGGCCGAUUCGGUGUCACGUCGCAUUAUUUGGCCGAUGCUGAUGAGCUUCAAAUCAAGAUGGCACAAGGUGCUAAGCCCGGCGAGGGUGGCGAGCUUCCUGGUCACAAGGUCGUUGGUCCCAUCGCCCGUACCCGUCACUCCACGCCCGGUGUCGGUCUCAUCUCACCUCCUCCCCACCACGAUAUUUACUCGAUCGAGGAUUUGAAGCAGCUCAUUUAUGACCUAAAGUGCUCCAACCCACGCGCUCGUGUCUCCGUCAAGCUCGUGUCCGAGGUCGGCGUCGGUAUCGUCGCUUCAGGCGUUGCCAAGGCCAAGGCCGAUCACAUCUUGAUCUCAGGUCACGAUGGUGGUACUGGUGCUUCGCGUUGGACUGGUAUCAAGUAUGCUGGUCUUCCCUGGGAGCUUGGUCUUGCCGAAACCCAUCAAACUCUUGUACUGAAUGACCUACGUGGCCGUGUUGUCGUUCAGACCGAUGGUCAACUCCGUACUGGACGUGAUUUGGCUAUGGCCUGUCUGCUUGGAGCCGAAGAGUUCGGCUUUGCUACCACUCCCUUGAUCGCCAUGGGCUGUAUCAUGAUGAGAAAAUGCCAUCUCAACACCUGUCCUGUUGGUAUCGCUACCCAGGAUCCCGAGCUUCGCAAGAAGUUCCAGGGCUCGCCUGAACACGUGAUCAACUUCUUCUAUUAUGUCGCCAACGAGAUGCGUGCCAUUAUGGCCAAGCUUGGUGUUCGGACUGUCAAUGAGAUGGUCGGUCGGGCCGAACUGCUCAAGGUUCGCGAUGACCUUCGUAACCUGAAGCAGGAGCGUGUGGACUUGUCUCUGAUCCUGACCCCCGCUCACUCCCUCCGUCCCGGCGUUGCCACCUACAAUGUCCGCAAGCAGGACCACAAGCUGCACACCCGUCUCGACAACAAGUUGAUCUUUGAGUCUGAGCUUGCUCUGGAGAAGGGCUUGCCUUGCCGAAUCGAGUGUGACGUGGUCAACACUGAUCGUGGCCUUGGUGCUACCCUUUCGUACCAAAUCAGUCGCCGUUACGGUGAGGCCGGUCUGCCUCAGGACACUAUUCACGCCAAUAUCAAGGGCUCUGCGGGUCAGUCCUUUGGUGCUUACCUGGCUCCCGGUGUCACUUUGGAGCUCGAGGGAGACGCCAACGACUACGUUGGUAAGGGUCUGUCUGGUGGUCGCCUCAUUGUGUACCCACCUCGCGGUGCUGCUUUCAAGGCCGAGGAGAACGUUAUCAUUGGUAACACCUGUCUGUACGGUGCCACCCGUGGUACUUGCUACUUCCGCGGUGUGGCUGCUGAACGUUUCGCUGUGCGUAACUCCGGUGCUACUGCCGUUGUUGAGGGUUGUGGUGACCAUGGUGCUGAGUACAUGACUGGUGGUCGUAUUCUCAUUCUCGGACCCACUGGUCGUAACUUUGCUGCUGGUAUGUCUGGAGGAAUUGCCUACGUCUUGGAUAAGGACCAGGACUUCCACUCCAAGGUCAACAUGGAGAUGGUUGAGGUUUCAAACAUUGAGGAUCCCGCUGAGAUUGCCUUUGUGCGUGGCCUUAUCGAGGAUCACCACCACUACACGGGGUCUGAGUUGGCUGCACGCAUUCUGCUCGACUUCACUCGCGCCCUUCCUCACAUUCUCAAGGUCUUGCCUACCGACUACAAGCGUGUCAUGGAGGAAGAGGCCGCCAAGGCUGCUGCUGCUAAGAAGGCCGAGUUUGCUCUGCCCCAGUUGCCCAGCACUCCUGUGGCCACAGAGAAGCCCAAGGUUCACGCGGAUGAGAAGAAGGCCGACUUGCUGGAUAUUGAGGACAGUAUUAGCAACGAAAAGGCCGACAAGAAGCGAUCGGCGCUGAUUCUCGAUAAGACUCGCGGGUUCAUGAAAUACAGCCGCCGCAGCGAGAAGUACCGCAACCCUGCAACCCGUACUCGUGACUGGGCCGAGCUGUCUGGCCGUCUCAGCGAGGAUGAACUGAAGUAUCAGUCUGCUCGUUGCAUGGACUGCGGUGUGCCUUUCUGUCAGUCCGACACUGGUUGCCCUAUUUCCAACAUCAUUCCCAAGUGGAAUGAAUUGGUCUUCCAAAACCAAUGGCAGGAUGCUCUCAACCGCCUGCUCAUGACCAACAAUUUCCCCGAAUUCACUGGUCGUGUCUGCCCUGCUCCCUGUGAGGGUGCCUGUGUCUUGGGCAUCAACGAAGACCCUGUUGGUAUCAAGUCGAUCGAGUGCGCCAUCAUUGACCGCGGAUUUGAGAUGGGUUGGAUGGUGCCUCGUCCCCCCAAGACUCGCACUGGUAAGACCGUUGCCGUCAUUGGCUCUGGUCCUGCUGGUAUGGCUGCUGCGGAUCAGCUCAAUCGUGCUGGUCACUCUGUCACCGUCUAUGAGCGUGCUGACCGGAUCGGUGGUCUUCUUAUGUACGGCAUUCCCAAUAUGAAGCUCGACAAGAAGGUUGUUCAGCGCCGUGUGGACCUCAUGGCCGCUGAGGGUAUCAAGUUUGUCACCAACACCGCCGUUGGCCCUGACAACGAGGUUUCUCUGCAGUCUCUUCGUGAGUCUAACGAUGCCGUCAUCAUCGCUACCGGUGCUACCGUUGCUCGUGACCUCAAGGUCCCGGGCCGGGAGCUGGAGGGCGUGCACUUUGCCAUGCAGUUCCUGCACAAGAACACCAAGUCCCUGCUCGACUCUGGUCUGGCCGACGGCGAGUACAUCUCUGCCAAGGACAAGCACGUUGUUGUCAUUGGUGGUGGUGAUACCGGUAACGACUGCAUUGGCACCUCCGUCCGUCAUGGUGCGAAGUCGGUCACCAACUUUGAGCUGCUCCCCCAGCCCCCACCCGAGCGUGCCGGUGAUAACCCUUGGCCUCAGUGGCCUCGCAUCUACCGUGUUGACUACGGUCACUCCGAGGUCAAGACUCACAUGGGUAAGGACCCCCGUGAGUACUGUGUCAUGUCAACCGAGUUUGUGGAUGAUGGCAGUGGCCGUGUCAAGGGUAUCAACACCGUCCGCGUGGAGUGGACCAAGAGCGCCACCGGUGGGUGGGACAUGAAGACCGUCGAAGGCAGCGAGCAAUUCUUCCCUGCUGACCUGGUCUUGUUGUCCAUGGGUUUCCUGGGCCCUGAGGACCGUCUUCUCGGCAGCGAGAUUGAGCGUGAUCCUCGCAAGAACGUGAAGACCCCUCCUGGUCACUACUCGACCAACAUCCCCGGCGUCUUUGCCGCUGGUGAUUGCCGCCGUGGACAGUCCCUUAUUGUCUGGGGUAUCAACGAGGGUCGCCAGGCUGCCCGUGAAGUAGACACCUUCCUCAGCGGCACCAGCUCCCAGCUUCCCGUCACGGGAGGUAUUGUCCGUCGUCCGGCCAUCGACUCUGUUCCUCAGCCCACGGCCACCGAGGUCGUCGCUUGA